CUUAGAGCAUAUACAGUAGUACAGGCCCGACAUUACCAAAAAUUUCGAAUCUCUGGACGCAUUUUUAUUGCAUGAAAUAAUAAUAAUCAGUAUAGAAAUUCACUGCAAUUCGUUUGUCACAAUGACACCGCCAAUGGAGAGAAUCCAGAUUUUAGAAUCAAUCGAAAAGGACAUAAUUAUAUGUUUACAGAGUGCAGGUCAAGCAUUUGUCGAGUUGAGUAAGGAGAAGUCGAGCCUCAAACAGGCUGAAAGUCAAACCCACCAAUUCCUUAAGACUCUGGCACAUGUGGAAUCAAAACUGAGCGAGCAAAUUCACUACCUGACCCAAGUGUCGACAGGUCAACCACACGAAGGGUCAGGAUACGCCAGUCAAAAGGUUUUACAAAUGGCAUGGCACAGACUGGAACAUGCACGAAGCAGGGUCAACGAGCUCGAACGAAUAAAGAACAAACACCUACACGGCCGAACAGUCGCCAGAUCUUCGCAGCCUCAAAUGCUGUCCAGUAUUUCCCUACAGCCCUUAUCACAGUCUGCCGCAAAUCCAUAAAUCUUGUGUAUCGCCUAGACCAAUAUUUAAAAACACUAGCCCACAUUCACACUAUUUUAAGAUCGGAAGA